UCAUCGAUCUUCUCUAACGCCAGACAAAAGUCAAUUGUCAAACAAAAUUAAAAUUGAAUCAGUCAAGAAUUCUGCGCUUCGGGUGGUGGUAUUGUUUAUUGUUUGUUUAUAGUGCUUGUUAUUAUGAAGCCUUUAUUUAGUACAUAAUCACCAUGUUAUCUUGUGCAAAAAUAACUCAGUGAAGUGGCUUUAAUACGAUAUAAACAGUAGGAUUAUUUUAAUGAAGUGAUUUUGUGCGGCGCCAGAAUGUCUGACGAGCUAGAAGCCCGAAUGUGGGAUGAGGGGAGCUCCAGGUACGAGUCCAGAACUCGGGGCUCGUACUUCGAGUCGGCCUUCGCGUCUUCGGAGCACCUCGACCGAGCUCCUUUGUUGGCCGAGGAGAGCUACACGGAGGUGGGCGUGGGCGGGGCGGAGGAGGAGCACUGCCACUGGUCGCGGCCGGAGCCGCCCAGCGCCGUGCCGCAGCUCGUCGCCGCCAUCGUCCUCUGCGCCAUAUUCAUGAUAUGCGAGCUGAUCGGCGGGUACUUAGCAGACAGUCUAUCGGUGAUGUCAGACGCGGCGCACAUGCUGAGCGACUGCGGGGGCUUCGCCCUCGCGCUGCUGGCGUUCCGGUGCGCCGCGAGAGCACCCACCGCCACCAUGAGCUACGGGUACCGUCGGGCUGAGGUGGUCGGCGCGGUGGCGUCGGUGCUGGCGCUGUGGGGUCUGACGGGGGCGCUGGCGGCGGCGGCGGCGGCGCGGCUCCGCUCCGGCCAGUUCGACAUCCAGCCCGACAUGAUGAUGCUCGUCUCCGGCGCCGGCGUCGCCUUCAACAUCGUGCUGGCGCUCGUGCUGCACGGCUGCGCUAAGGAUAUCGCCCACCAUCACUCGCACGGCGGCGCGGCGUGCACGCAGGGCGCGCGGCGGGCGUCGCGCCACGCCCACAACGGCGUCACCAACGGCGACCUCUCGCUCAAGGACCUCGCUGAUACAGAGGCCCAUGUACACACUAGCACUGCCAGGAACAUAAACCUGCGCGCGGCGCUGAUCCACGUGAUCGGCGACCUCAUACAGAGCUGCGGCGUGCUGCUCGCCGCCAUCAUCAUCAAAAUAUACCCGUCGGCGAAGGUGAUCGACCCGGUGUGCACGUUCGUAUUCGGCGUGGUGGCGGUUCUGACGUCGGCGCGCGUGCUGCGGGACGCGCUCGCCAUGCUCAUGCAGGCGGCGCCGCGCGGGUUCCGCAUGCGCGAGUGCGGCGCGGCGCUCGCGGCGACGCGCGGCGUUCGGCACGUCCACUCCCUGCACGCCUGGGCGCUCUCCACGCACCACACCGUGCUAACUGUACACGUCGCUAUCGACGAGCUGGCGGACUGGGAGGAGGUACUGCAGAGCUGCCAGCGGGUGGCGCGGCAGUUCGGCGUGGCGAGCGCCGCCAUCCAGGUGGAGCGGUACCGCGGACACAUGGAGGCGUGCGAGCGGUGCCGCCCCGCCGCGCCCUGACCCCCGCGCACGCUCGCCGCACCGGAACCCAUUAAGGUUGCUAGCGACAUGUGAGUAAGCGGUUGAAGCUGAAAUGAAAAUAAGAAAAUCCAAUACGUGUAAAGUGUCUCGUCUAUGAAAAAAUAAAAGACGAUGUUUAAAGGUAUGAAAGUGUUGUUUUGUGAAAAAGUACUGUUUGUUUUAAAAUAAAUCAACCGAAGAUGCGUCCUGCGAGCGUGCAAACAAAAAAAAAAGAACUUCAAGUCUCAAAAAAGUAGUUUAAUUGAUGUGCGCCUAGCAUGCGCAUAACGAAAAAAUUUUGCCUACAUGUUUUCUCGAUGUUUGAUGGUUUGUCUCUUCAUCUCUAUUGACCCUAACAUGUUAUACAUUUUUUCUCGUGUAGAUCUGUCGUCAAAUCUAUCGACAUAAUAUCAAAGAAUGAUCUUGACAUUAUGUCGAUAUCGACAAUGUAACUACACUCGAGAUUGAGAUAUCUCGUUGUACGCGCAUGCUACACGCAAUGAAAUCUGUAUUUUAAAUUAAUAAGACUUUAAGAAACCUUAAAAGAGGUCAAUUGUUGAAUGUAGUCGUCAAUUUCUAGAAAUAUAGACCGAAAGACAACGUAGAAUGUUCUAGUCUCCUUGUAAAAUUUUAAAUUCAAUAGUGAAAUGAUAGUGAUGCGUCUCAGUAUUUUCAACCGAGUACCGACCCAGUCUUGACUUUUGCAUCCUAGCAGUUGUAGAAUGCCAAAAACGAAAUGUAAAUUCAGUAUUACUGCUAAAUAUAUUAUGCAAAGUUUCUAGUUAAAUUUCUUGAAAUUUUGGUUAAUCAACUAAACAAAUCAUUGAGAAUUAUUUCCGGUGCGCUUGACUAUAUUUAUUUUUAUGUGAUCGAGAUUGACUUAAUAUUUAUUAAUUGUAUAUUUGAUAGUAAUAUGUAAAUUGAUGAGAAAGGCUAUGAUUUUUUUUUUGAUGUUGAUAAUGUAUUACGGUGUCUAGGUAUGUUAGUCAAUGUUUCAUAACAUACAUUUGGCUCCAGUGGCUUGUGUAUAUUUUGGCUGCAGAAGGUGGCUGCUGCAAUUAGAGUAUUUUAUAAUUUAAUUUAAAAAGAUAGGUAUUUCACAAUUUCGUUCACGUCGAAUGUCAAUUAUAAGAGAAAUAUGUAAAGUAUGGCAGACAAGUAAUACUUACGGCCGCGCUCAGAGGUAUUUAAUGAUAUAUGACGACCUCUAUGGCUCAGUUGGUGGGCUGUUAAUAGCUCAAGCCGGGGGUCGCCGGUUCGAAUCCCGCCGACGGAACAAAAAGGUUUUCAAAGUUCUUGGGUCAUGGCUGUGUAUUAAAUAUGU